UUGCGUGUAUCGUCUCAGCAGGUACAUGUUCUUUUUGACAAAGCUCAUGAUCCUCCAACUUCUUUGCUAACUGGUCAAAACAAGGCAUAUCUCUCUAGAGAGAGAAUGCUUCACAGUUUAGAAGUUUCCGAAAGAAUUUGUGAAAUAUCCAAUAACAGCCAUCCUGAUUCAAUCAUGACUUCCGGCAUACCCAGUUUGAAUCCGUUUACUUCUUCCGAUGCUGUGAAGCAAUGGUUUCAUUCAGUUUCUUCGUGGGAAAAGCCUUCCAGUAACUUAAUCCAGAAGUCAGUUUCAGCUCAGACUCGCCCAUUUUUGAAUUCAUCUGGUUCUUUUAGUAAGAGUUCCAUGAUGGCACCGCAAAGCAAUGGAAUUUUUUGGGAGAAGUGGCAGGUGAGUCGCAAUUCUAAACUUAACCCAGGUUUUGGAGGUGAACCGCCCAAUCGAAAUGGAUGUUAUAAUGGAUCAUCGUCUGGGUCCAAGGAACCUGCAAUUUGCUUCCCUUCCAUCAGUUAUGAUUUCCCAAAAUGUAGUAAUGAUAGUAAGGGGGUCUUAGAGAACUUCACCACUCGUGAUUCAUCUAAGCUCUACAACUGCUCAAAUAGUGUUAAUAUGAAGUCCAGAACUGAUAUGAAUUUGAAUGUGUUGCUUUCGAACGAUUCAUCUACCAAACCAGUUUUGCAGCAAGGUCAUCAAGUAGUCGGAGGAAGAAAGCAUGAGGACCAUCUUCCAGGCCUGCCAUGGUUACGAGCCAAGCGUGCUUGUAAGAACGAGCCCACUAGUGAAGCAAGGGAUUUCACUGUUGGAGAGUUGAGCUUCUCUCAAUCUUCUACAAAGCAGUCGACCAUUAAAAAUGAGACCAGAAAUGGUUUCAUUCAAAUUUUGACACGAAAUAUGAAGUCAGUUCCGUUCUCCAAUAAUGCCAAUGCCAGCAGGAGUGAAAUAAGUGAAUGCCUGCACAAUAAAAUGAUUCUGGGGACUCCUCUUUUUGAAAAAUGUUUUGUUUCUAACAAUGAAUCUUCUUUUACCUCCCCAUUCGUAUCUGUUCCCGAGCCAUUUGAAGGUGAAGCAGAAAAUAAGGGGAGAAAUAGGUUACUUGAUAUUAACUUACCUUGUGAUGCAACGAUUCUCGAUGUGAGCCAAGACUCUGUUGCAGAGAACUCAGCCUUAGGGAAGGAAGCAGAAAGAAAGUUAUCAAGUCUAAGACCUGAAAUUGAUUUGAACUCCUGUGUUGAUGAGAAUGAAGCUUCUUUUACGCCCUCUGUUCCAAGCACUGGCAUGAAGAUGGCUGGGGGGAUAGAUUUGGAAGCUCCACCAGCUCCUGAGCCUGAGGAUGUUAUUAAUGGAGAAGAAUUACUGGAAAAGGCAUGUGGGUCACCUUUGCUAUCAGUAAGAAGCAAAGAUGACUGCUUGCAGGAUGAACUUAUUAAAAGUGCAGCUGAGGCAAUUGUUGACAUCUCAUCAUCUGGUCUGUGCAGCCAUAUGGAUGAUGUCAAUCCCAAUUCAUCUGAAACUUCUGAGAUAGACACCCUUAAUUGGUUUGCUGAGAUGAUUUCCUCUUUUGGUGAGGAUCUUGAGAGCAAGCUUGAGGAUCUUUCAAGAGUUAAAGAUAGGGAUCAAGAUGAAUCUUCAGUGGAAGAGAUUGAUUACUUUGAAUCUAUGAUUUUGGAAUUAGCAGAAACCAAGGAAGAGGAUUACAUGCCCAAACCUCUGGUUCCUGAAAACGUGAAAGUGGAAGAAACCGGAACUACCACUUUGUUAACAAUCCAAACGCGGAAGGGCCAGGGAAGGCGAGGAAGGCAGCGGAGGGACUUCCGAAAGGACAUCCUUCCAGGCCUUUCUUCCCUAUCAAGGCAUGAGGUAACAGAAGAUAUUCAGACAUUUGGAUGGCUUAUGAGAGCAACAGGACACUCAUGGCAAUCCGGAUUGACAAAAAGAAAUGGCACCAGAAGCGGGCGUGGCAGGCGGAGGCGGUUGUCAGUAGCUACUAACUCCUCUCCUGCUUCGGUAGCCGAGGCAAUGUCCACAACACUGGUGCAGCAGCUUAAUAACAUCGAAGUGGGGUUGGAGGAUAGAAGCCUUACUGGGUGGGGGAAAACAACUAGACGGCCUCGCAGACAGAGAUGCCCUGCAGGGAAUCCUCCACCUCUUGCCAUAACCUAGUAACGAAUACAAGCUUUUAAUGUAUUAAUUGAGAAUACUAUAGAGGGAACUAGUUCAUUGCAUUGAGAGGCGAGGUCUAAAAUGAUGAUCC